AAAUAACAAGAAUGAUAAUAAGAUAGAAAAACGUUAUGAUUAUUGGCUAAUGUUAUUCACAAUAGUGUAGUAAAAAAUUUUUUAAAAAUGAUCUCGAGAAAAGGGCAGAAAGCUAUCAACGAAGGGGUUGUGGGUAAAUAUGUAAAAAAAGAUACACCGCCGGAUUUGCCGAUAAUAAAUGUUUGGACGACUGGAAACAACAGAAGGCCACGUAGUCAGCCUUUUGGCUCAAGUGAUGGAGCCACUCAAAGCAUGGAGAAUAAGUUCGGCAAAGCACAAACUAUGAGUGGACAUGCUGGAAAGUACACACCAAGUGAAUCUGUACCUAACUUGGCCCACAGGUUUGCAAACUUGUCUACUGGCAGUGAAAUAGCUAGUACAUCGAGCAAUUUUAAUUCUCAGUUUCAUUUGGAUGCUAAUUUGGCUUCACAUUCAACAUUGAAUGAAAUUGAUGAUUCAUUUAGUAGACAAACAAGUCAUAGAUACUACAGACAAACACAACCAGAGGAUCCUAUUUAUCAAAAUCAACAACAGGUGCAGCAACAGAAGCAACAGCAGUAUAGUUCUCGGGAGGCGAGCAUGCCUCGGAUAUCUUCCAACUUGAGCCUGACCCCUAGACUCCAUCCCCCAUCUCCACACUCUAUCAGACUGCAUUGUACUGAAUCAUUUACAACAGCCAGCCAGUCUUCCCCAAUAUACUCAAAUUACGUGAAUACACCUGCACUCCCAUACCAUAACAAAACGCAUGGGGGCAACAUAAUAUCAUCUAGUCAAGGGUCGGACGAGUGCGAGCUGCCGCUGCCGCCGGGCUGGUCGGCGGACCGCACGCUGCGCGGGCGCCGCUACUACAUGGACCACAACACGCAGACCACGCACUGGACACACCCGCUGGAGAGCGUGCCGCGCCCAUGGCACCGCGUCUCCACUCCCCACCAUGGCGUUUAUUACUUCAAUGAAAUCACACAUCAGACCACAUACGCACAUCCAUGUCUGGUAGGAGGCUGUUACUUGGUCAGCCCACUUGUACCGACUUUGGUUCCUCCUUACCUGUUAGAAGAAAUACCACAUUGGCUCAUUGUUUAUUCUAAAGCUGAUCAAGAACUAGACCACAAGCUACAAUGGAACAUGUUCCGCCUCAGUGAACUUGAUUGUUACUCUGACAUGUUGACACGCCUCUACAAGCAAGAGCUGCAACUCAUUGUGAUGAAGUAUGAGCAAUAUAGGUCUGCUCUUUUACAAGAACUUGAGAGACGGCGGCAUAACAAGUCAUGUCACACACAUUCAAAUUAUUAGGUUAACAUAGUGAUGCCUUAUUGAGCUGUGAUCUAUUAAUUAAGUUAUUGUACAUAAGGAAUUUACACAUAGGUGUUAAUUUUCCUCAUAAUUUAAAGUGCCUUAAAUUAUAUGAGCAUCUGCUGAACAAAAGCAGGCUCGCCCACAAUAACAGAUAUUUUAUGCUUAAUGCAGAUAAGUUUAAUUUACCGUUUAGAGGCACAACUCCAAAAAACGCAAAAUUUAAAGUAGGCUAUUUUAUUAGAUUUAUAACUUGCCUUAAACCAUUUCAUUAGCCUAAAAUCAUUAGUUGCACUUUGGCAUUAGGCAAUAUUAUGCAAGGGCAUUCAUUCUGCAUACUGUUUUACACCUUCUGGCAUUUUGCGUUUCUGGUGUUGUGUGUCUAAAUCAACUUUACAGCAUAAUCAUACACCUCACAUUAUGUAAUAUAAUAUUUUACUGACAUUGACAAUUCUAAUUCUUUAUUAUUUUGUGCAUAAAUAAUUAUUAUGAACAAGUUUGAACUGAAUUAUGGAUGUUUUUAUUUUUGUUAUAUCAAUUUUAUGCUGUUAAAGUUAUUGUAGUUGAUGUAUUUAAAAUGCUUCCACACCAUGUAUCUUUUAAACAAUGAAAUUGAUACAAAAAUGUUUGACGUCCAUGUCUCUAAAAAAACUACAUGUUGUAGUUAUGCUUAGCAUAUAAAUAAUUUGUUUUAUUAUAAUCCUCUACUAUUUAUCUUAAAAUAAACUAUUCACUAAGUCCUUCA